UUUAGUGAGUAGUUACCGGUGCUUUUACACGUGCUUAAUGUUUUGUUUGUGUCAGUGGAAUAUAUCUAAUACAUUCUAUGUCAUUUUGUUUCAAUUUCCCGAAUCCCGAAGCUGAUAAUGAAAAUCAGUAUGAAAAAACUGGUAGUAUUUCGACGGAAAAAGAAUCACCUGAUCAAGAUGAAGAAGAAAUACCUGCUAUUGAAAUGAAAUUGGACUGGAAGCAUCUGACACCAUGUAAAAAUCCAAAUACAAUUGCAUAUGAUUUCAAUGAAACUUCAACACUUGUGAGCAUCAGUCCAAAACAUUUAGAAAUUAUUUUAAAAGAGAAUAGUGAAAAUUCUGAAAUCACACCCUUAAAAGAAGCUUUACAGAACCAGUGUGAUCUGAUUCCAAAUAAAUAUGAAGGUGGACUUCAGAUUUGGGAAUGCAGCAUAGAUCUUACAAAAUAUAUAAGUAAUCAAAUGCUUUCUGGAUCAUCAGUAGCUGAGAUUGGUUGUGGUGCAGGAUUACCAGGACUGUGUGCACUGAAAAAAGGUGCUAGCACUGUACUCUUCCAAGAUUUUAACAGUGAAGUACUCACCAAAUUAACACUUCCAAACAUUUUGCUCAAUUGCUAUGAAGAAAGAGAAAGAUGUUAUCUUUUUAGUGGAGACUGGGGUAGCCUUCCACAAGCUGUUAAUCAUUCUACCAUUUCUCUGCAGAAGUUUGACAUAAUAUUGACUGCAGAAACAAUUUACAACACCAAAAAUUACCAGAAACUGAUCAACAUAUUUGAUUUCUUACUAAAAGAAAAUGGUUACAUUCUAAUCGCUGCUAAAAACUACUAUUUUGGUGUUGGAGGUGGAACUAGACAGUUUGAAGAAUCACUGAAAGAGGAUGGCCGUUUUACAUCCUCUGUUUGCUGGACAAAAGCUGAUGGGCUCUCCCGUGAAAUCAUCUGUGCUCAGCGAAAGAAAACUUAAUUGUAUUAAAGCUAUAAUUCUAAAAA